AUGGCUUCCGGACACCAAUCAGCGUUCUCCGCGUCCACCCAGCAUCGUGCACUGGGUGAUGGGCGCUCUUCCUUCAGCCAAGAUGGCGCCUCAGCAGAUGGGAGUUGGAAUGAGGGAGUGCCCCGGUCAGGGCGAAAUGGACGAUCGGGUUCUGGAGGGAGUGCUACCACUGGCACACGAGGAGGUUCGUCAUUGGCUCCGUCAUUUGGCGGGCCCGGUAGCUUCAGUGCGGAGCUCAAGAGCAUGACUUCGCGCAGCGUGACACCCCGCCCCGAUGGCACCUACACGAGACGAGCGAGCCGCUCGAUUGGUGAGGAUGACCUGGCUACCACCGAAGAGCGCCAGGCUGUUAUUCGAGACAAAAUCGCGAAGGAGAUGAAGAUCAAGAUGGGCACAGAGAAUAUGUUGGAGGCGCUGCUGGCAAAGCCUCCAAAGCAAACCAAGGAGCAGCGCCUGAAGGUGGAAUCGGAACUGAGCACAUCGAAUCGCAAACUGGCUGAGUUACAACAUGAGCUGGAGGAGGAGCUUUUACGUGCGCAGGCGCCGUCUACAACCCCUCCGCGCAGUCGUCUGUCGAGCCUCUUUCGAGGAAGCCCCAUGCGCUCGCCAUCUCGCCAUCUCAAUGGUGGGGGCUCCUUGGAUGGGUUCCAUGAAGGGGACGAGGAGGCGGACAUGGAAUCGCCGACCUACGUACUUUCGGAGACGCUCCAGGCGUUGGAGAUUGAGGCCAUGUCGCCUGAUUUCUACGUGGAGCGAGCCAACAAUCUGGUCGAGUUGUUUAAGCGACAUCCAACCCUCAAGUAUGAUCUUGCCUGGCCUGUAUUUGGGUUGCGCGUCCAAAUAAUGCUUCUCAGCGACAGCAAGGAAGUCGUCGCGGCGGGAUAUCGACUGACCCGAUACGCCAUCGCGGACCGCAAGUCCAUCCAAACAAUUCGAGCUUUGCAUACCGAUGAGCUCGUUAUACUCUCGCUUGUCAAGGAGAGUAAAGCCAGUAUCGAAAGAGAACAAGCUUUGAAGUUUGUGAGAGCUUUCCUCGAUGUCAAAGACGGUGUGAAAGAGAUCUCGCGCGCCGUGGUCCGAACAAUCGUUUCCGUUGCAGAACAUCAUGAGGAUCGUCUGAGGAAUAUAUCGAUUAUGACCCUAGCGGAAAUGUUGGUCAAAGACCCCGAGCUCGUUGCUUCGGCAGGUGGAUUUUCCGCCCUGCAUGACGCUCUCUCAGAAGGCACAUUUGGUGCUUCCGAGAGUCUCAUAAACAGCUUCUUGCAUAUUCUCGAUACUCCGCGCAGCCGGAAAUACUUGCAAGGCAGCGAACUCGAAGCUGUUCUGACGCCAUUUACUGAUUCACUGGCCGACUCACUUCGCAGUGGCCGAUUGAAGUCUGCCGCUCGUGCGAUAUCUGCCAUGCUGAAAACUUGGCCUGGCCUGGUGAUCCUUGCCAGACACAAUGCGAAGCCCCUGCGCUCUUUGCUUGAGUCUCUUCACUAUCCCGAUUCCCAAGCUCGGGAUCUGAUCAUGGAGCUACUUUUCGACGCCUUGAGGAUAAAGCCUCCAUCUUGGUCAUCCUCAUUCCUGGCUGGGAGACGACUAACGACUUAUGGUAGAGUAUCGAAUCUGAGAUCCGACACCGACUCGAGACACACUCGCACAUACACCGAAAACACUAGUAACAAGUUCGAUCUCACGGCGCACUUUUCAACACUAAUUCUGGCGGCUCUAGUCGAGGCCGGUCUGCCUGAGGCACUCUCGGACCUCAUCGAGGACGAAACAGAUUCUUCUCUCAGGCGAAAGGCCACUCUACUGUUGACUGAAGUGCUUAAGCUGGCACACCAUUCCCUACCGUCGACAGUCAGCGCUAAACUACAGGUCCUGCCACACCUGUUACCGCCUGCGAUUCAAUACGACUUUGAAAAUCAUGACGUUUCGACGUCGACUAUUUUCCAGAUCGAGAGCAUCAACCGGACUUUAGCACGCUCUGGCUCAUAUUCAGGCUCAGCAGGUCGUUAUAAUAUGGAUGUCGAUUUCACCGCACCUCUGAUGCCUGGUGAGCAAGCAAAAGACAAACUGAGCCCGGCCAUGGAUGAGCAGACUUUCCGCAAUGCUAUUUUGGAAACUCAUGUGUUGAAUACCGUGAAUUUUGAGAAGUGGAAAUGGGACCUCAUCCACAGGCUGGUGGAGGGACCUCUCACCAACUCCAAACGCAUGGACGAAGCCAUCAAAGGCUCUAAAUUCAUGAAGCGACUUCUUGGGUUCUACCGACCAUUCAAAUUUCGCUUCUCCUCAAUUCCGAACACAAAGCCAAAUCAGCGUUACGUUCGGACUGGCUGCGCUUUGAUGCGAACUCUUGUUCUAACUCCAGAGGGCACCAAGUAUCUCGCUGAGAAUAAGCUUCUGCGACAAAUUGCUGAGUGUUUAGCGCAGUUGGAUCGGAUGAGUGGACUCACCUCAAGAUCACCAGUCUUUUCUCGCGAACCUAUGAACAAUACACUCAGUGGAGGCUACUUUGCCAUGCUAGGAGCACUGAGUGGGGAUGUGAAUGGGCUUCUCAUGAUGGAGAGAUGGCACAUGCUCAACAUGUGCUAUCAUAUCAUCGAGCUGCAAGACCGAAACGAUCUCAUUCAGACUCUUUUGGGCAAUAUGGAUUACGGUCGAGAGAGUCACUUGCGAGUCAUGCUCUCUAAAGCCCUUACGAUUGGCUCGAAGGAGAUCCGCAUCUUUGCUACGAAACUUCUACGUAAAUAUGCUGUCGGGGGGGAUACAGUUUCCACUCAUGUGGCAAUUAGCAAUGUCGAAUGGGUCGUCAAACUUCUGGUUACACAGUUGUACGAUCCAGACGUUACCGUUUGCCAGAUUGCAGUGAAGAUCCUGGAAGAGGCAUGCAAUCAGCGUGAUUAUCUCGAGUUUGUGGUCAAGUGCCGACCUUCUCUAGAUCAUCUUGGCGAGAUUGGAGCUCCGCUGCUUCUGCGCUUCCUGUCAACAUCUGUCGGUUACCAUUAUUUAGAUGGCCUGGACUAUAUCACGCAGGAGAUGGAUGACUGGUUCCUUGGCCGAAACGACUCCUAUGUCGCUCUCGUUGAAGCAGCCUUGUCCAGAGCAUAUGUUGACCAGCCCCGGCGGAGUAGCUUUGCUCCCGAAGACCUCGUGGACAUGCAGGAUGCCGGUUUGGUUCCCCCACAUUUCUAUCGUGAACUCGCUCGGACUGCAGAGGGUUGCAAGCUCCUAGAACAAUCGGGCCACUUCAGCGAAUUCGCCUGGACAAUUCGAGAUUUCCGUCUCGAGGAAGAGGACCAUGAGGUACUUCUCAAGGUCAAAGGAUGUCUCUGGGCCGUGGGUAAUGUCGGGUCCAUGGAGCUCGGUUCUCCGUUCCUUGAACCGGAAAUCGUGCAGCGGAUUGUGAAAAUUGCCGAGGGUGCAGGUGUCCUGACCAUGCGAGGCACUGCGUUCUUCGUGUUGGGUUUGAUAUCUCGUAGCAGUCAUGGAUUGCGGGUGCUGCGAGAGCUUGGAUGGGACUCUGCCAUUGACCAAAACGGGGUGUACCUGGGCUACUGUCUGCCGACAGACUACCGAAAAUUGUUCUUGAUCUCUUUCCCUGGUUAUAAUUCGGAGGCCCAACGUACUCCACAAGGCAAGCUUAAGGAGGCGACUACAGAUCCAGAUGCGACAAAUGACAAGAUACUCAAGUUGAUUGUCGACAUGGGCAAUACUGUCCUCACAAAGCGAGCCGCCAAGGACUUGCACAGCAUUAAAUGCAAGCAACCCGAACGAUUCCACCAAACCCACCUUUUCCGCAAAACUCUUUGCAUCCUCGAGAGCCACCAUUUCCGUCUACCAUCUCGACGUUUUGCUAUUGACUUGUUUGACAAGAGCGUUAUGCGCCGCAUUGUUCUCGACGAAGAUUCGUCUAGCUCAUCCGGCUCGGACUCUGAUUCAUCUUCAUCGAGAUCGUGA